UGUCAAGUCUUAAAGUGCCUAUAAAGUUACAAAAUAAAGUGUCGAAUUACUAAAUAUAUUCAGAUUAAAUUCAAACGAUGGUGGACGAUUUAUGGUUACUUUUAUUACUAUUAGUGGUAACACCUAUAAAUGGUUUUAUUUUAAGUAAAUCAUUUAACGAAAUUGACAGUCCAAGGAAAGGAAAAUUUCUGUUUCCAUUUUAUUAUAAACAACAACCGGAUACUGGCAUUUAUGGCAAUCCAAUCUUGGAAAACAACAGUUUCGACUUCAUAAUCGUUGGAUCUGGACCUUCGGGCUGCGUUCUAGCUAACAGACUGACGGAAAUACCCGAAUGGAAUGUAAUGCUAUUAGAAGUUGGCGACGAGGCUAACGCUUUGACUGACAUCCCUUAUAUGGCGGAAUUUUUCCAGUUCACCGAUUACAGCUGGGGCUAUACAGCUGAACAACAGAAUACUUCUUGCGGGGGUUGCAUAGACGGCAAAGUAAAACUACCCCACGGCAGGGUCCUAGGCGGUAGUUCCCUCAUAGACUAUAUGCUGUACGCCAGGGGAAACCCAGCAGAUUACGAUAAGUGGCAACGGUUAGGUAACCCACGAUGGUCGUACGAGAAUGUGUUGCCAUAUUUCAUGAAAUCAGAAGACGCAUAUUUGAAUAUAAGCGAUUCUGGAUACCAUCAACGGGGAGGAAGGUUAUCCGUCAGUGACGUACCUUACAGAUCAGAAUCGGCGCAUGCGUUCGUCAGAGCUGCACAAGAAGCUGGGUAUCCUGAAGUGGAUUAUAAUGGAAAACGCCAAAUAGGGACUUCCUACAUCCAAUCCACCACGAGACAAGGAAAACGAGUAAGCGCAGAAAAGGCAUUUCUUCGUUCGAUCCGCAACAGACCUAAUCUCAAAAUCCUCAAAAAUUCUCGAGCAGUACAAAUUUUAAUCAAUCCAGAGACCAAACAAGCUUACGGCAUCCGGUACAUCAGAAAUAAACAGUAUCACGAGGCAUUGAUAAAGAGAGAAUUGAUUUUGAGUGCCGGUCCGUUUAGUAGCCCGCAGUUACUGAUGCUGUCUGGCAUAGGGCCAAAACGCCAUUUGGAGAAUUUAGGUGUUCCAUUAGUAUAUGAUUUGCCAGUGGGAAAGAAACUCUACGAUCAUUUGCUAUUUCCGGGACUAAAUUUUUUAUUGAAUGAAAGUAUAGUUCUCAAUCAAGAAAAAGAAACAGGAAAAUUGGACAAUUACAUCGAUAUCAGAGAAGGAAAAGGAGCAUUCACUACACUUAUUGGUGGUUUAGAAGCUGUGGCGUAUUUAAACACCAAUCAAACUCGUUCUGAUCCAAAGCGACCAGACAUAGAACUGUUGGCUUUUGGAGGUGGAAUAAGCGGAGAUAAAAAUUUGGUAUACAGAAAAAUGUUUGGAAUAUCCGAAGAAGUCUACGAUGCUGUUUGGAAACCUCUGGAAAAUAGGCCCAUUCUACAAAUAUUGCCGGUGUUGUUGCAACCAAAAUCGUCGGGAUACCUCAAACUGAAGUCCAGCAAUCCCUACCACUGGCCAAAAAUCUAUACCAAUUAUUUAACAGAUCCUGAAAACAACGAUAUCAAGACUUUACUGAAGGGUAUCAGGGAAGCUCAGCGAAUAGCUAGAAGUCCUUCGCUAGCAAAAUAUGGUGCGAAGCUUGUAGAAACACCCAUACCAGGUUGCCAAAAUCACGUCUUCGACUCCGACGACUACUGGCUGUGCUCCCUGCGUCAAUUAUCGACUUCCCUUGGUGACCAAACAUCCACCUGCAAAAUGGGUCCGCGAAAUGACCCAGAAGCAAUAGUCGAUUCGAAGCUACGUGUAUAUGGAAUACACAAUCUCAGAGUAGCAGAUGCCAGUGUUAUACCCGUACCGAUAUCUGGCAGAGCUGUGACUGCUUCUUAUAUGAUUGGAGAAAAGGCUGCCGAUAUGUUAAAGAAAGCCUGGAAUAAGAAGGACAGCAUAUCGAGGUUGAUUGAUAUAAGGAGUGCUAACGUGGAGGAAUAAAACUAUUAUUGAUGCAAAAAAAAUCAAUAUUUUAAGGAUAAAUUAGGUUAUUUAUAGUGAUAAAGUAACACGCUACAUAAAAUGGGUAUUGAAAUUGAAUAAUUUUGGUAUUUUGUAAAUUCUAG